GUUCCCCCAAUAUUUUACCAUGAAUACGCCCUUGACAUUAUGACAAUUUGUAUGUCCGCCUACAAUUUGGAAAAUAUAUGGGACACUUGUGAAGGCAAAACAGUAGCGUCGCUGGUGAAGGACCCUAGAUAUUUUUCAUCCAAUGUGGGAAGCUUAUAUCCAAAACGAGCUGUGCUAAAUUACAACCAAAUUCGGCUCCAUAAAUUUCUUUGGAUUACUUUCGCAUUAAGCGUUUGCGUAAGGUUCGAAUGUACAUUUGUUCUGGCAUUGAUAUUCUGCUGAAAGCUACAUAAAGUUAAAUGCAUACAUAUGCAGAGACAUCACCCACAUUAUUGUAACUCACCCGUGGUCACACGUACAGCUGCGGUCAGCAUAAUAGCAUCAGGGAUCCAAGGCUUAAAAAUGGCAAAGCUAUUUUUAAUAUUCAGUAUUCUUACGAUUCUCGCAUCUAUACCCGAAACCAGUUUCGUAAUAGCGGAAUUAACAACAAAAGAGCGAAUAAAGAAACAUCAAGAAUGGUUGAGAGAGCAUCGAAAACCCAAGACGAAAAAAAUUCAUUCGAACAACUCAUAUUUUGAGCUCGCCAAUUUGUGGCAUACGAGAAAAGAUUUAUCGCUUAAGCAAAAGCCAAAUAACAAAGAAGAAUAUUUAGAAAACGAGACCACUAGUAAAAUAUCUAACAAAUCCGAUGAAAAAGUAUUAAAGCCCACGAGUAUACUAGUAAAUAUCACGAAUCAAAGUACAUCGACAUCCAAACUUGAACUGGAAACAACUACAUCAGCAAGUUUGAUUACUAGAGGUCCCGUCGAAAAUGGUGAAGUUGCAACUACCAUGCAAACCUUAAAAGUCGACGAGGUUUUCUCGUCUCCGAAUCCACCAAAAGAAAUAACUACAAAAAAGAUGAAAAAGAAAGUGUAUCCAUAUCCAAGAUGGGAUAAAUGGAGUAACUGGAGCGCUUGUUCGCGAAGUUGCGGCGGAGGAGUAAAGUAUCAAACUCGAAAAUGCAUUAACCGAAAUCUAUUAACGAAUAAUCAGCUUACGAGUAAUGCAUGUGUUGGAUACUUCAAACGCUAUGAGCUCUGCAAUGAUGUUCCAUGCGACGCCCAAUCCCCGGAUUUUCGAGCUUCUCAAUGUAGUGCUUACAACGAUAAAGAGUUUCAUGGUCAUCGAUAUAGGUGGGAACCAUACGUAAAGGAUGAUGCUGAAUGUGAGCUCAACUGCAUGCCUCUUGGAAUUAAUUCUUUUGCCACACUUAACGAGUCCGUAAUUGAUGGCACGCCUUGUCAACACCCCGCUGAGUACUAUCGAUCGCAACUUUGGAACCGAGCUGUUUGUGUUGAUGGUGCUUGUAAGGCGGUACACGCCAGUGGCGAGAUUGACGGAUUAUAUGCACACAGUGGGUCCGUCAGUUGCGGAGGUUUACUGUGUCGACCUGUCACCGGGAUCUUUACUCGGGAUCCUCUUCCGGAACAAGCUUAUAUACAUGUUGCUACCUUACCAGUGGGUGCCUCCAAUAUUUCGAUAACGGAACUCAAGAACAGCAUAAACUUGCUAGUCCUGCGUACGUCUAAGGAGGUAUCCAUUUUCAAUGGCGAAAAUUCUGUGUCGGAAAGUGGAUCCUAUGAAGCGGUUGGUGCCGUAUUCGACUAUCACCGAAUCGAUGGAACCCAGGAUAGUAGUGGGGUGACAGAGUGGAUCACAAGUAUUGGGCCCAUCAGGGACUCAUUGCAACUUAUGGUUUUCACCAAGACUCCAAAUAAUACUGGCAUAAAGUACGAGUACAUGCUGCCGAUAAUAUCCGAAUCCGAGGAAAACGAGAUGUCCUUGGAGAGUAGCGAUGGCCUGUUGAGGUCCGGAAUUGAGGACACCAGUUCAUCCAGUAGCUCGAGGCCUGGACGAAAGCGUAUCUUUAAUUGGAAAGUAAUUGGGUUCAGUGCCUGCACGAAAUCCUGUGGAGGCGGCACACAGGCACCCAUUAUACGUUGCAUUCGCAAGAAUCCACUGCGGUAUUACUCGCAACGCCGUUGCACGCAUUCCGUGAAACCGGUCCUCAAUGAGAACCUACUGCACUGCAACACGCAACCCUGUCCGGCGUAUUGGAGAUUCGAGGAUUGGGGCGAGUGUCGUUGCUUGGCCAGCGGAGGCUUCCGGCGGAGAGAGGUUAGUUGCGUCCAGGAACUGGCCUCUGGGCUGGUCAUCCACGUCGAUAAGGCCGCCUGCAUGGAGGAACAACCGCCCACCCAGAAGCAGUGCGAAUGUCCCAAGACCCGGCGUCGCAACUUGUCCCGCUAUCGUCUGCAAGGUGGUUCGGAGUCCUCGAAUAGCACUCAGGUCAAGAGGAGUAAAACCGAAGGGUCCGAGUUAAAUGCCAUCUGGUUGAUGUCCGAGUGGAAUCAGUAUUGCUCGGCCACUUGUGGCUCGGGCGUUGAGUAUCGUACAGUAUUUUGUGAUCGCUCCAAGGCCGGCGAGCAGCGAUGUGAUCCCAGAACCACUCCUGAAAGUCGUCGACCCUGCAAGAAGCCCAGUUGCGAGGUGGGCGACUGGUUCACAGGUCCUUGGUCCUCGUGCAACGGCGACUGCUUCGACUUGACGCGCAGCCGCGAGGUGCUGUGCAUCCAAAACCAGCUGAUCACAGAGCCCAAGGAGUGCACCCCAGAACUAAAGCCGCAGUCUGUCGAGAAGUGCUCCCACGAGGAGGUGGAGUAUUGCGCUGCCCGUUGGCAUUAUUCGGAUUGGUCGGAGUGUACCAAACCAUGUGGGGGUGGUACCCAGCGACGCAGUGUAAAAUGUUUGGAAUACGAUAUAAAGAUGAACGCCUUACGGGAAUCAACGCAAUGUCGGUACACGACCAGAGAGCCCAUAUAUCGUACCUGUAACGCGGAAAAGUGUGAAGAAGUGCAGACAAGUGAAGCUACUCCGACUUGCACUGAUAAGUUCGCCAAUUGUCAAUGGGCUUCGCAAGCCAAGCUUUGUAGCUACGAUUAUUAUCGCGAGAAUUGCUGUGUUUCUUGUACUGGUGGCAUUUAAAGUAUUUAGUUUGUAAGAAUCUUACUUAACUAAUAAGCCGACUCCUUAACCGCCGUGCAGAAUAGCUACCAAAUUGCAAUUAACCUUUACUCAGAAUAUAUCAUCUUGUUAGAUUAAACAAGUAGUAUUUCUGACACUAAAGCUCAAAAGAAAGCUUGCAGGGAAGCGCAAAAUUAUAUUAUCGGUCAAGUAAAAUGUUUAACGCAAUUAAAUAACACAUACUAAAAUAAACUAGAUUCUGACUAUAACAUAAUAAUUAGUAAAAUUAUACUUAAUAUUUAAUUAAACAAUAAGGAACGAAAAACAAUGUUUGUUUGUGUGCAAACACAUAAAUGUUAAUAAACCUGAUA